UCCGUCCAGUGCUCGCUCUGCUGGCGACCUGACGUCGUCGUGCUCGCUACACCAUACACCCUAUGCACCCAAGUAUAUGUAAUAUACGUUACCUACGUAAUAUAGUGCGUGAAGUGCGGCGCGCGAGUGUGUGUCAUCGGUGCGUGCUUUCCUGUCAUCGGGCCGCCGAAUGAAAAUACAGGAAAAAAAAAAAAGUGCCGUGGAUGUUGUUACCUGGUGGUCGUUGAGUAAUAAGCAACCACAAUCAUGAAGAUCGGUGAUUCCGCGAUAAUACAGCGGCCCACUCGUCCAGGUGUGUUCAAGUGUCAGCACCAGCAGUCGCGCUUGUACAUCGUCGGUGGCUCCGAACGUGUUCUCCCCGCCUAUUAGGUGUUGGGGAAUUUUCUGUAGUUCAAAGAGGUUGGAGGAGGUGGUAGCCCGUUGAAAGGGCUAUCCUGUGCACUGCUGGGAAGUCGAUGCGCGCCGAGGGGACCAGCGCUGGUGCAAUGGCUUCGGUCAAAGUGGCCGUGAGGGUCCGGCCCUUUAACAAAAGGGAGUUGGCGAUGAACGCCAAGCUCGUCGUUCAGAUGGACGGCAAGCGGACUCGGAUCUUCAACACGAAGACUCCGGGUAGCGCCAACAGGGAAGCCGACAGGGACAAGUACAAGGACUUCACCUUCGACCAUUCGUACUGGUCCUUUGAAGCCGAAGACGAGAACUAUGCUUCCCAGGAGGAGGUAUUUUACGACCUUGGAACGGAGGUUAUAGAAAGUGCCUUCGAGGGAUACAAUGCCUGCGUCUUCGCUUACGGACAGACCGGCUCUGGGAAAACUUUUACGAUGAUGGGCUCGCCGGAAUCUCAAGGGCUAAUACCGCGGAUAUGCAAGACGCUGUUCGCGCGCAUGGCCGCGGGCAAGGAGAGCGGCGCUUCUUACAGGACGGAAGUUUCGUUCCUCGAAAUACACAACGAGCGGGUCAGGGACCUACUCAGGCCCGACCAGACCAUGUCGCACUCGCUCAGGGUGAGGGAGCACCCGAAACGCGGCCCUUACGUGCAGGACCUGUCCAACCACCUAGUCUACGAUUACUCCGAUAUACAGGAAUGCAUGGUCAGGGGAAACACGCACAGAACGACGGCCAGCACAAACAUGAAUGACGUGAGCAGUCGGAGUCACGCGAUAUUCACGAUAACCUUCGUGCAGGCCGGCUUCAACGAGAACAACAUGCCGUCCGAGACGGUGUCCAAGGUGCACCUCGUCGAUCUGGCUGGCAGCGAAAGAGCAAACGCGACUGGAGCGACGGGCCAGCGACUUAAGGAGGGUGCCCACAUCAACAAGUCCCUCGUGACCCUUGGCUCGGUGAUAUCGGCCCUCGCGGAGGUCAGCUCGAGCGAUUCGUCCACUAACUGCAUCAACAAUAACAACAACAGCAGCAACAACAACAACAACAACAAUAACAACAGCAGCAGCAACAAUUGCAACAACUCGAGGCGCAGCGUCUUUAUCCCUUACCGGGACAGUGUGCUGACUUGGCUGCUGAAGGACUCGUUGGGCGGUAACUCGAAGACUAUCAUGAUAGCCGCCAUCAGUCCGGCUGAUUGUAACUACGGCGAGACCCUGAGUACCCUGAGGUACGCCAAUCGCGCCAAAAACAUCAUCAACAAGCCGACUAUCAACGAGGACGCGAACGUCAAGCUGAUACGCGAGCUCCGAGAGGAGAUACAGAAGCUCAAGUCGCUCAUCGGCAAAGACGUCAGCAUCGAGAGGCCGCAAGUGCUCCUCGCCCAGAUCCACGAGAAACAGGAGCAAGAGAAGGUACUGACCGAAGAGUGGACGGAAAAAUGGCGCGAGACGCAGAAAAUCCUCUCAGAGCAGCGCGCCCUUGGCCUCCGAAAGAGCGGCGUGGGCGUGGUACUCGACUCGGAGAUGCCCCAUCUCGUUGGCAUAGACGACGACCUGCUUAGUACGGGCGUCACGCUCUACCACCUCAAGGAGGGCAAGACCCUCGUUGGCACGGAAGAGGCGCUCACAGCACAGGACAUCGUGCUCACGGGUGCGGACGUGGAGCCGGAGCAUUGCGUGCUGGAACUCGAGGACGGCGUCGCGACGCUACAGCCGCUCUCCCCGCACUGCUGGAUCAACACUGCCCAGGUCGACAAGCCCACCCGUCUGUCCCAGGGCUGCAUUAUCCUGCUCGGCCGCAACAACAUGUUCCGCUACAACGAUCCCGUUGAAGCGGCCAAGUUGCGUAAGGAGGGUAGCUUCAUCGGCAACGGCAACCUCCAGUCGACGGUGGUCAACCUGUCCAGGCUGUCCCUAAUCAGCAGCUGGAGCGUCUCGGACCUCCACUGCUCGAUCUCCAGCGACAACUUGCUCAACACGAGCGAGGACCUGGAGGAGCUUGAGCAGCAAAAGGCUGCCCUCAUCAAGGAAAAGGAAGACUUUAAGCGGGAACAGGAGGAGCGAGAGGAGCGCUGGACAGCCAGGAGGGAGGCCCUGGAGGAGGCGCAGCGCGAUCUGGAGCGCGAGUGGGGUGCACAGUGGCGCGAGUGGGCCGAGGGUAUAGCGGCCCUCGAGCGUAGGCAGCGCGAGCUCCGUCAGCGCCGACAACAGCUCGAGCAAGAGCGAAGGGACGGGAUGACCCAAGUAGAAAAUUUGUGUAGGGAAGUCGCCUCACUGCGCACGACGCUCCAGUCCAAGCAUCGUCAGUUCCAAGAAUUCAUGAACGUACAAAAUCGCACGCAGCCCGGGCCCCAAGCAACAUCCAAACAGACUGACGAGAUGGGCGCCAAAAGCGAUGUCAGCAUCCCGGAGUCUUGGUCGAGUAUCAACGAGGAAAAACCAUCGGACGACACGAAAAAGUUGGUCAGGAACAACAACGAACUCGAGGCGCUGGAGCUGGAGCUGCAGAAGAAAAUAAAAACGUUGAACGAGCGCCAGAGCAAGAUCGACAAGGUCGAGGAGGAACUCAUGGACCUUGCCAAGCGGCAAAAGGAACUCAGCAACCUGGAGCAGGAGGGCUUCUCGGAAAAGAAGCUCCUGCUGGCCGCCCGCUCCAAGGAACAGCUGGAGGACAUCAUCCGGCGUAAGCGCAGCCUAUCUCUGAACCUGAAGCGUGCCCUGCCGGCCUCGCCCUCCGACAGGUACUCCACGGGCAGCGCCGACGGUAGCGAGGAGAUGCUGUCGAGUACCGACCAGCUGCUCAUCCCGUCGCUCUUCACCGAAGAGGAGAACCUCAACCGCAAGCGCAUGAUCGCCGCGGCCCUGAAUCUCGCGUAUCCCGACCUCACGAGUCCUGUGGAGAACGACGAGUUCCACACGGCGCCGGCUGAGUCGCCCGACGUGCGGCCCGAGUUUCCCGGCGAGGGCAAGGAGGUGGAACGAUCCCUGGUUCCGGAGAAAGAGGUCGACGAGGAGGAGAACGGCGACGCGGACUUUAAGACCUCCGUCGAUGAGAUUCGGGUCUUUGAGCAGCAGCGAGUCGACAACGAUGCGCCCAAGCUCAAUGGAAUGGUGGUCAAUGGAGCUGUGGACGAGAAGAAGUCCCCUUGCAAAGAGCAUUCGGUCGAAGAGAACGACGAUACGACAAUAAUGGACAACGCGUCUUACCUGGAGUCGAUGGAAAAGUCAAUACUAGAGCGUAGCGUGACCAUGAGGCGGCUCAACCAAAAAAUCGCGAAUCAGCGUUCGUUAGUGCUCAAGUGUCUGGAGGCGAGUCCACAGUCCAAGGACGAGCUGAACCGGCAGAUACUUGCGCUGCAGGACUUGCAGAGGCAGCAGAUCGAGCUCGAGGUUUCGUUGCUCGAGCAGGAGCGGAAGGCCAACGGCAAGCUGUCGAACCAUAUCGCUGCCAAACAUAUCACCGCUUGCGGGAACAACGUCAACUGUGAUACAACGUCACUUGCGUCGAGCGUGCAAUCUAGGGAUGAAGGACGGGUGAGUACGCCCGUUGCUCUUCAGAAGGAGGUGGAUCAGUCGAUGUGCGACAGUACGAUGAGCCUCGCGGUCCCUGUCGUUAACGGGACUCACCAGCAGAGGUCGAGGCUGUCCAGCGAAGGGGAAGAUAGCCACAAGCUCAGGCGUGCCGCGUCGAGGGCAGUGCCCCCGACUCGUGGCUACUCCUCUGUCUACCUUUCGAGCCAGAACAGAGGCGAUCAGGGACUAGUCAGUCCGUACGCUCUGACGAUUACUCGAUCCUUACCGUCGCUCUCGGCUAACGAGACCGACGGUGAAAGCAUCAUAAGCGUGAUUAUCAGUGUUCCGUCUUACGUGAUCCGGGGAGCCGGCACUUCCAGUCACUACGAGUACGAAGUGCGAGUCGUCGCCAGUGAUGAUAGCUGGACGCUUUUGCGCAGGUACAGGCGCUUUCGAGAGCUGUACGUUUCGAUGCGGCAAAAGUACGGCAGCAAGGUGGCAGGUAUUCGUUUCCCGCCGCGCCAGGUGUUCGCCAAAUACGAGACGGUAGCGAGGCAGCGUCGCAAGCGUCUCGAGGAUUAUCUGCGCAAGUUGAUCUUGGUGUGUUCCGAAUUGCCGAGUUGUGAGUCGCUCUACAAGCACCGGGGCAACCUCGGCAGCAUUGACAAGCAGUCGCUUCUCGAGUUUAGUCCGUUCUUCCGACGCGGUACCUUUGAAAGCAGCAAGUACGGCACUAGUUAGAAUAUUUUUUUAUGUUUAGAUUUGACUUUGAAAGAGCUGGUGUUUGAUCUUUGUUUUACGAUUGAUCUGAUUAUUAUCAUGUCGUUAUGUUUUUUUUUUUUUUUUUUUGGAGUGAACAUAUACUACAUACCAAAGUCGAUAAAUGCGAGGGAAUACCCAAAUACUUGACUAUCCCUACACACUGGUGGAAAUGUGCAUUUUUUUUAUUUAUAAAAGGUCUAUUAGGAUAAGUUACAAGAGUCCAAUUGAUAAAAAAAAAAGAUUGGGUGGAUGAUAAACUUUAUCGUUUUCUCAAAAUCUCAUUUCACCGUUUAUAUUUAUAAUCAUGGCGAUUUCGUGAUUUAACAUAAUCAUCCAGUCUAUCAGAGUUAUAAAUCAAUUUAGUAGGCUGUAGAAUAAAAAAGAGAAACAAAAAUAUUUUGAACGGUUCCGAAAUACCUAGUUGUAUAGUUUUAAAGAAAAAAAAAUUAUUAUUUUGUACAUAAUGAAACAUUUUUUUACGAAAGAUGUACUUAGUGUUUAUUUUCCCGAUGGGCUAUUAACCUAAUUACGGAGUAUACGUCGUAUACACACGCGAGUAUCUUUUACACGUAAUUAUGACUGAAAAUUGAAAUUAUUGGCCUGUUAUAAUCUUCCUUCAUAUUAUUGCUUAAAAAAAUAUCGUUUUAAGUGUUUAUGAAAAAAUUGUUUCACUAUCAAAAAUUGUUAAUAUCAUCCUAGGGCGUAAAUUGUAAAUGAUGAACGUAAUCAUUGUUGAGAUAAUGCCUUGAUAAAUUGUAUUCUUUAACAACGGCAGGCAUCUAUAUGUUACGCAAGUGCAAUAAAAAGUUGUAACUCGCCAUAUACGUCGAAUGAAAUUAUAACGUGUUAACGGUAAUUAGGGGAGAAAGUCAUUUGGCAUCUUGAAUCUUGUUCUUUGCCCAAGAGACUUUCGUGAAAAAAAAAGUUAUCCCUUAGCACCUUACAUGUAUUGAGCGUGAAAUCUUGAAAGAGACGAUCAACUAAAAUUUUUUUUUAUAAACAAAUGAAAAGCAAAGUGACCAAGAUCUGUACACCUUGUAGAAAGAAAGAAAAAAAAAAUUAAAAACAUAAACUAGCCUAUUGUAUUAAAAU